AUGUCUUCCAGUCUUCGACGCCGCAUCUGGGGCAACGCAAACCCCUCCGAUUCCCCUCCCAAAGCCGCCGAUCAACAGCUCGUUCGCCUCUCAAAAGCCCAAUCCUCCCAAAGUCCCAAAUAUCGCAAACGGCGAAAUGGCUUCAUCUUCUUCCUCGGCGGCCUUUUCGGCAUUAUGGCUGCGGGCUUCUUCGCGAACCGCUCCGACCUUAUCGACUUCCCCGAGUUUGGAGACCUAAGCAUGGAUAGCUUGAUGGACAUAUUGCCCGCGAGCUUCAUGCAGGAUGCGCGGGAUAUGGCAAGGGGGGAACGGGAGACGGUGAACUAUGAUUCUUUCUCGGUGGGAUUGAAUCUACUUGCCCAGGGCAUCCGGGCCAACCAUCCAGUGAUUAUGGUGCCAGGUGUGAUUUCCACAGGUUUGGAGAGCUGGGGUACGACAAACAGCACACGGCAAUAUUUCAGAAAGAGGCUAUGGGGCAGCUGGAGCAUGAUGCGUGCGCUGGUGUUGGACAAGGAGGGCUGGAAGAGGCAUAUUAUGCUGGAUAAAGACACGGGAUUGGAUCCGCCAGAUGGAAUCAAACUGAGAGCUGCUCAGGGAUUUGAUGCUGCGGACUUCUUUAUCACUGGAUAUUGGAUCUGGAAUAAAAUCCUCGAGAAUUUGGCGACCAUUGGCUAUGAUCCAACGAACAGCUUCACGGCCGCUUAUGACUGGAGGCUUUCUUAUGAGAAUCUAGAGGUCAGAGACCAGUAUUUCACGAGGCUGAAGAUAUAUAUAGAGAUGGCAUAUCAGGUUUCAAACAAGAAAGUCGUGGUUAUAUCUCAUUCGAUGGGUAGUCAGGUCUUGUUCUACUUCUUCCACUGGGUCGCGGCAGCUGAUGGCGGUGGAGGUGGUGAUGGUUGGGUUGACAAGUAUGUCGAUUCCUGGAUCAACAUUAGUGGUUGUAUGCUCGGUGCACUGAAAGGCCUUCCUGCAGUUCUAUCAGGUGAGAUGAAAGACACUGCACAGCUGAAUGCUUUUGCCGUCUACGGGCUGGAGAAGUUCCUGAGUAAAGACGAGCGAGCAGAGAUUUUUAGAGCGAUGCCAGGAAUUAGCUCCAUGCUUCCUAUGGGCGGAAAUGCAGUAUGGGGCAAUGCAACAUGGGCGCCUGACGAUCUUCCGGGUCAAAAUGUUAGUUUUGGGCCAUUCCUGAAUUUCAAAUUCCGGAAUGGUACCACGCAGCAUGCGAACUUGACUGUAGAAGACAGCCUUUCGUAUUUGGGGAACGUUACGGAACCGUGGUAUGGACGCAUGGUGGGACGUAGCUAUUCAAACGGCGUUGCUCAUACCACUGCGGAAGUCGAGGCCAACGAGAAGGAUCCAAGGAAAUGGAUUAACCCACUCGAGACUCGCCUGCCCCUUGCUCCCAACUUGAAGAUUUAUUGCUUUUACGGUAUCGGCAAACCAACAGAACGCUCGUACUUCUACCGCCGUUCUGAAAACCCCUUCUCGAACCUUAAUAUCACCAUUGACACCAGUCUUACGCAGGAUAAUAUCGAUCAUGGUGUUGUCCUCGGCGAAGGGGACGGCACCGUCAACUUGCUCUCGGUAGGCUACAUGUGCAACAAGGGUUGGAAAAUGCACAGGUAUAACCCUGCUGGGGUGAAGGUCAACGUAUAUGAGAUGCCUCAUGAGCCGGAAAGAUUCAGUCCUAGAGGCGGCCCGAAUACUGGCGACCAUGUCGACAUCCUGGGCAGGCAGAGUCUUAAUGAUUUGAUCUUGAGAGUUGCUGGUGGAAGAGGGGAGGAUAUUGGUGAGAAUAUUGUCAGUGAUAUAGGCAAGUAUGCAGAGAGAGUUGAAAUUAGGGAGGAAGAUGAGUAUUUAUGA